AUGGUGAAAAGGUUGUUCGACUUGUGGGGGCGUCCAGUGGUAGACCUGUUCACAACGCUGGACCCAUGGGCAGCUGCAGAGGAUACAUUCCAACAUCCAUGGGACAAUCUCAAUGUCUACGCCUUUCUGCCAUUCUGCCUGAUUCGCAAGGGGAUCAGCAGAGUGCUGGUCACCAGGAAUCUUCAGAUUAUUCUGGUGGCUCCCACCAUUUGGCAUCUCAAUCUGUUGGCUCUUCUUUCUGAGGCAGUGCACAAGAUUCUCCUGUGGCAUAACCUUCUAUGUCAACUGCACAUGAGUGGUACCACUCGACAGAGUCUGACUUGUGAACCUUAUGAGCAGCUGCGAGAGUCGUCAGACAGGGAUCUGACCCUCAAGACUGUCUUCUUGCUGGCCCUGGCAUCAGCGAAGCGAGCAGCCCCGGCUCCCUGCGCCAAACCCGAGGAUACGUCUUCGGAGGUGGCUGCGAUGAAAGCCACAAUUCGCAGCAUGGAGCUCAAGAUCCGCUCCUUGGAAAAAGAUUCUGAUGUGCGUUCCCAGGCUGCCUCGGACCGCAUCAAGAAGGACAUCCUACGCCAGUGCUUUUCCUCAUCUGCUUCACCAUCACCGAAGCGUGGAUGGAGCUCCCCGGAAGCUUCGCGCCCUUUGAAGAGAGCUUGGAAGGCGCCCUGCAGCUCCCUGGCUUCCAGCCUGGAAGUCUUUCCAGAGGAGCCUUCUCUGGAUGUUAAGAGGCCCAGGAGAUCUCUUGACUGCUCUUCUCCUCGUGCGCCUCGCUCUACUUCGCCGCAAGAGGAGCCUGUGAAGUCCCCUUCUAGUAUUCUCGCCGGGCUCCAAGCACAGAUUUCGGCCCUCGCUGACUCCCUGGCCGGCAGUUCUCGUCGGAGGAAGGACGUUUCUCUUCCAAUCAAGAAAUCCAGGCACCCUUCUCCCGUCUUACGCUCUCCUCUAUGUAGGCGCUCUUCUCCGGAUGUUGUGGCUUCCCCCGAGCGAGGGGUUUCUCGCGAGAAGCUCCCCUCUCUUGGCUGGCUCCCCUCCCAGUCCAGGCACCAGGCGGCUGGCAGGCGCUCUUCGGCUGAUGCUCGCUCUUCGCUGGACAGGCUCCGUUCGCCUUGCAGACGCUCUUCUCCUGUCAGGCGCUCUUCCCCGAGCGUGCGCCAUUCUCUGGACAGGCGCUCUUUACAGGACAGGCGCCAGUCUACUAGUCCUAAAAGGCGCUCUUCUCCUCGCAGGUGCCAAGAGCCUCGCAGGCGCCAAUCUCCUGGUAGACGUUCUUCGCCUGGCAGCUGCUCUCCUCUGGACAGGCACCAAGAGCCUCGUAGGCGCCUCUCUCCUGUUAGGCGCUCUUCACCUGGUAGCCGCUCUCCUCUUGACAGACGCCAAGAGCCUCGCAAGCAUCUCUCACCUAGUAGGCGCUCUGCUCCUAGUAGCUGCUCUCCUCGCGACAGGUGCCAAGCUCCUCGCAGGCGCUACUCCCCCAGUAGGGGCUCUUCUCCUGGAAGCCGUUCACCUCUUGAUAAGACCCAAGAGCCUCGUGGGCGCCCUCGUCAUGAGAGACGGUCUUCGACUUCAAAGCGCGAGUCUUCACACAGACUUCCCAUGUCCUGUAGGCGCUCUUCUGUUUCUGCUUGUCGCUCUCCUGAUGCCUUUGCCUCCCCUGACAGGCGACAAGCUUCUCGUAGGUGCCCUUCUCCUGGCAGGACCACCUCCUCUUCUAAGGACCCUCCUCGUUCGUCGGCGGAAGAAGACCAGGAAGGCUCUGACGAGGAUUCCAACAAGACUGCCGCGGUUUCUGCUUACAAGAAGCUUACCGCCUUACUUCUCUAG